AUGGCGUCAAUUGAACAGGAUGACUUAUUCAACGUGGAGAAUGAUGAUGAAAUGUUAGAAGAUGAAGAGGAAGAAGAAGAAGUUGAUGAUAGAAAUCAAGGUAAUUAUGGUGAAAUUGAACAAGAUGAAAAUAUAGAGAAUGAUAACGAUGAUGACGAUGAAGAGGAGGAGGAAGAUGAAGACGGCGACGGUGAUGGCGAAGGGGAUGAAGAUGAUGAAGAAGAGGCUGAUGAUGAAGAUGAGGAUGAAGAAGAUGAAGAGGAUGAAGAAAUGGAAGAAGAAGGUGAAGGUGGUGAUGGUGAAGAUGAUGAAGAAGAAGAAGAGGACGAAGAGGAAGAAAAUACUAGCAAGAAUAAAACUGGAUCCGGAGGUGAUGAAGAAGAUGAUGAUGAAGACGAGGAGGAUGAAGAUGAUGAUGAUAAUGAAAAAUUCAUAGAUGCCAAAGAAACUCAAGAAGAUUUAAAACCUCCAUCUCUGGAACUUCAAAAAGAUGAAACAGAAGAUAUAUUAAUGUUAGAUGAUAAAACAGAAACAGAUAAGGAAAGAAAAUCUCAGGAAGAUGCUAAAGAUCCUCAAUCUCAACAAGAUAAACAACAACCAGAAGAUGAAUCUCAUCCCGAAUCCAAAUCAACCACCACCGAGGAUAACAAAGAUAAAGACCAAAAAGAAGAUGCCGACAUAGACAGUGAUGAUGAUUCUGAAAAACCCAAAUCAGAUGAAACCCUGGAACAAAUCAUCGAAGAGAAAAGCUUCCGAGAUGAAUUCAUAUCCAAAGCUAAAGUCGCCACUGAAUUCGAUAUAAUACCAUCAGUGGCCAUACCGUAUACUUCCCAAUGUCAUUCAUUAGCGUUCACUGAAGGUCCUAAAUGGAUAUUAACUGGUGGUGAGGAUGGAUUCAUUAGAAAAUAUGAUUUCAUUGCCUCAAUCCAAGGUAAAUCCCCCUUAACCAUGGCUCAAAAACAUAAUUUAGUAGCUGAUUCCUUAACCAAAGCUGGUGUAAUUUGUUCAUAUUGGGAAAAUGAACAACCAAUGACAAGAAAAGAAUUAAUGAAUAUUAACCCUAAAUUGAAAUUAAGUGAUUUUAGUACAGGGUCGGUCAGUUACGAACCAAAAGUAAAUCCUGUAUAUGCCUUAGAUGUUGAACGUUCAGGUUAUUGGUGUUUAUCAGGGUUAUUAUCCGGUGGGAUCUCAUUGUAUACUAUGAGAUAUAAUGAAAAUACUAUUCAUCAUUAUUUUCUGCAUUCCAAUAAUAAAAAAAUAGAAAGUAAUUGGUCAUUAAAUGAAGGUCAUAAUAAUGCCGUAUCAGUGUUAAAAUUAAAUACAGCUCAAGAUAAAUUUUUAUCAGGUUCAUGGGAUAAAACUAUAAGAGAAUGGGAUCUUAAUACAGGAAAGACAACUACGUUAUUCACGGGUAGUACUGGUCAAAUAUCAAACAUUCAAUAUAGACCAAUGGGUUUAACUGAUUUGUCAUUAGAUUUUGAAGAAGAGUCCGUAGUUCCUCCAACAACAGCAGCCACUAAUAAUAUAACUAAUGGGAAUGGAACUACAGCUAAUGGUGAUGAUGAGGAUGUUGAUUCCUUAUUUGGUGAAAGUGACGUUGAUGCAGACGGUGAUGUUAAAGUUGAAGCCAAUGGAAAUGAGGUAACAGUUAAAGAAGAAAAUAGAAAAGCAGAAGAAGAACAAGAUAAAUCAAGUCCACAACCAGUAUUCAAUAAUUCAAAAGUGACGAAUAAAACUUAUAAAAAUGAAGAUAUCUUCAUGAGUUCAAGUAUAGACGGUACGAUCAAUAUCUGGGAUGCCAGAGUACAAAACCCAGUCUUAAGACUUGGAAUAUCAGAUGGAGUUCCACCAUGGUGUAUGUCAUCCACAUGGUCCAAUUGUGGUGAAUAUAUAUACGCCGGUAGAAGAAACAGUACCGUUGAAGAAUUCUCCAUAAAAAUGCCAUUCAAGAGAUCAUCAAAAUCAGGGAUAAAUAAAGAUACCAUGACCCCUAACGUUCUGAAAUUAUUACAAUUCCCAAAAAUAUCCGGUCCAGUAAGUUCAAUAUCAACCAUGCCUAAUAAUAAUUUCCUCUUAUGUGGUUCCAACGAUAAUAUCAGAUUAUAUGAUUUGACUCUUUAUGAUGAACAUGCCAAUGUGGCAGCCAAUGCAAAGAAACAAGCUACUCCAUUCUUAAUUAUCCCCGGUCAUCAAGGUGGUACGUUAAGUUCGCUUUAUGUGGAUGAGACUGGUAGAUUCAUGGUUAGUGCAAGUGGAAAUAGAGGUUGGGGUCAUUCAAGUUUUACUGAUACGGUCUUAGUUUAUGAAAUUGAUAUUGGUAUAUAG